CGGGAAGGAUACUCGCAAUUACGACGGCACGUGAAGGCAGCAGUGGAUCCUGAAAGCGCAGCUGGACUAAAGAUCACGACAUUAUACAGCUUUGGCCUGUGAGUGGCCCGGUGUCACACAUGGCUCUCCGGGCGGUCUGGCUCCUGGUCUCUCUCUCCGCUGUCCUGGAUGUGCGCUCCUGCUGGGCUUUUACCUGUCCGACCAUCUGCCGCUGCAGCGCCGACACUUUUCAAUGCAGCAGAGACACUCAGCUGGCCUCCCGGGCAGGAGCGACAUCCGUGCCUCGACUAAGGCUCACUCAUCUGCCCUUGAAAGAAGUUCCCACUCAUGCCUUCAAGGAGCUCAUCAACAUUACAAUAAUUGAGAUUUCCCAGAGUGACUGCAUCACACAGAUACGGAGACAUGCCUUCCUUUCCCUCCUCAGCCUGACUCAAAUUUCGGUGCAGAAUAUCAACAGUCUGAGGGUUAUUGGAAAAGGAGCUUUCACCGACCUGCCUAAACUGGAAUAUUUGAGCAUCUCCAAUACGGGACUGAUAAACUUCCCAGACUUCACAACUAUCUCUUCCUUGGUGCCAAUUAUUAUCCUAGAAAUGGCAGAUAACAUGAGGAUCGACAUCAUUCCUGCCAAUUCUUUUCAGGGUAUCGCAAAGGAGUAUGUCGACAUGAACCUGGUUAGGAACGGCUUCAGAAGUAUCAAAUCUCAUGCAUUCAACGGGACCAUGCUCAACACGCUAAUUUUGAGGGAUAACAGGUAUCUCAGUGACAUCCAAGAAGAUGCUUUUGAAGGAGCCACAGGUCCGAGUUUUCUGGAUGUUUCCUCGACUGUUCUGAGUUCCCUCCCGCCUAAAGGGUUGAGGCAGGUGAGGUCUCUGAAAGCCAGCUCUGCAUUUGCUCUGAAGACCCUCCCUCCACUGGAGAGCCUGGCUGAGCUGCUUGAGGCCGAGCUCACGUACCCGAGCCACUGCUGUGCUUUCCACACAUGGCGACGCAAACAAAGGGAAAGUGCCUUAAAGAACUUCACAAAGUUGUGUGAUCUCAGCGAAACUGAAAUAGAGCCCACUGCAGAUGGCGUGAAUAUUAUUGAUGAUAUCAGCUUUCAAUAUCCAGACCUGGUAUUUGAUUGCUUCAACAGUCCCUUUGUCAAGUGCACGCCAAAGCCAGAUGCUUUUAACCCUUGUGAGGACCUGCUAGGCUUUUCUUUCCUGCGCUGUCUCACCUGGAUCAUCACGGUUUUCGCUGUGACUGGGAACCUGGCUGUUCUGGUUAUCCUGCUAAUUAGCAAACACAAGCUGACCAUCUCCAGAUUUCUCAUGUGUAACUUGGCUGUCGCUGACCUCUGCAUGGGGCUCUACCUGAUGCUCAUUGCCUUCAUGGACUACCACUCCCGUCACAAGUACUACAACCAUGCCACGGACUGGCAGACAGGGCCUGGGUGUGGCAUCGCAGGGUUUCUGACUGUGUUUUCCAGUGAGUUGUCAGUAUAUACACUGACUGUCAUUAGCCUUGAACGCUGGCACACCAUCACCAAUGCCAUGCAUGUCAACAAGAGGCUGCGGAGGCAUCAUGUCAUGGCCAUCAUGGGGGCAGGCUGGGGCUUCUCUCUGCUGGUUGCCCUACUCCCUCUUGUGGGGGUCAGCAGUUACAGCAAAGUGAGCAUCUGUCUGCCCAUGGACAUCGACACACUGGGCUCUCAGGUUUAUGUUGUGGCUGUGCUCAUACUCAACGUUGUGGCUUUCGUGGUCGUCUGUUACUGUUACAUAUGCAUAUAUCUGAGUGUUCACAACCCAGAGCACUCCACUCGUCAUGGAGACACCAAGAUUGCCAAGCGCAUGGCUGUGCUCAUUUUCACGGACUUUGUGUGCAUGGCACCGAUCUCCUUCUUUGCCAUCUCCGCAGCCCUGUGUAUGCCCCUCAUAACCGUGUCUCACUCAAAGAUCCUGCUCAUCCUCUUUUAUCCACUCAACUCCCUCUGCAACCCUUUCUUGUACACACUGUUCACACGGGCCUUCAGGAGGGACGUGUGCCUGCUGCUGAGUCGCUGUGGCUGCGGCUGCUGCAUCGCCAACACUGACUUCUACAGGUCACAGACACUGGCGUCACACCUCAACUCUACCCAAAAAAUGUCCACCAGAAAACCUCACUCGCUCAGCUUCUAUGCCUAUCACAUUAAGAUGAGGGGUUGCUUUCUAAACAAGGGCACCACAUGACCAUCAGCAUGGACAAUUUUAUUAUGAACUUAAACGCUGUGUCUGCUGUCUGGCUAAAAAUGUAGCAUUUCUUCAAACUUUAGGUCAGGGUGAAGAGCUUGUCAGUCCUUUGAAAGACAGAUAUGUACAUAAUGAGAACAGACCUCAAAUUGAAGACUGCAAGUGCUGCAGCCUCUAUUUCUGCACCGGUGAGCGUGGCAACGUAGCAGCAGAUGGAUGGAGCAGGAAUGAAGAACAAAGAACAGUUUGUUUGCAAAGCUGUCUUAAAGCAUUUAUGUCAUUAAGAUCAAUAUGUGACAAGAGAUGUUUAGUUCUAUUACAGAUCAAUAGUACAAGUAUUGAUUAUUUUUCUGUCUUUAUAAAGGUCGAGAUUGAGUUUGACUACAAAAGUAAAUGUGAUCUUUGCUUUAGUUCAGAAAUAGAUUUUAGUGUAGUCUGCUCUACACAGGAGACUUUAAGACUGCAGACAUGCAAGAGCAGCAUCAGAGACUUAAAGCUGAUGCCUGUUCUACAAAAACUAUUACUGCUGUUCAAAAUGGCCUUGAUUUUCACAAUAAGACAUUUUAAUAAAAGAAAAAUUGUGUGAUUAAUUAUGGUAGCCAUCUUUUUUUCCCCAAUUUGCUUUCACAUUUAGCAACAGCUUUCCUUUCAGAGAACAUACUGCGUCUUUCUUUAGUGAAACCUGUCCCAAAGCACUGCUCUGCACAACCUUUAUUUUUGUUACACUGCUGACUUGUCCUGUAUAAACACCGUUUCCAUCUAAUCUGUUUGGCCUUAUUAAUCAAAUCCACUUUGGAAACUGUACAUAUGACAAAUAUGUUGGAUUUGGAUCAUUUCAAUGUACGCUUUGCACAACUCUGAAAAGUAGUAUUUUUUUUAUAUUGAUAUUUAUAUUAUAUUUUAAUAUUAUACCCGCUUAUGGGUUGCAAAUUUCUACCAGCUUUCGUGAUUGAAUAAUUUUCACAAAUAUCCAGCAAGAAAACAAACAUUUGUGUAGUAGAAAUGUUUUUUCAGAUCUAUAUAUAUCUCAAGGGUGAAAAGGAAAAAAAAAACGUCUUAGUCUUGGUUCAUUAUAAAAAUAACAUAACAAGCUUUGAGGGUUGUAUAGAAAUAAAAGGGUUCACAGAAUGCAGCACACAGUAUAGUUCAGUGUAUUUGAAGCAUGAUUAAAGGCAAGACAUUACAAUGUUUGAAAAUCAAACAGCACAUUAGGCAUCUCCAGAGAUCAGAACAGAAGAAAACACAUUCCAGGUCAAAAAAUGUUUUGAUCCUCAUAAAAUAAAUAAAUUAAACUAUUUUCAGCUAAAUAUUAUACAACAUAAAUUCAUGCUGUUUGUCGCAGUAGAUUGGAUUUAGAAGCACCGCUGUAAGUAAUUGGCUGUAACAUCGUAAAUGACUUGCAGUAUUGCUCUGAUAAUUACAUACUGAAAAAAAAA